UCGCACUUGAAGUUGGCCCAUCACGGGACAAAGGUCACGCACCAUCUGUUUUGCGUGAUGUGAUGCUCUUGGCAUUUCCAAAUUCCAGAUCAACGCACCAGAUGCCACGGCCCACAGUACUUUGGAGCCUCCUGCUCACGCUCCUUCUCGCUACCGCUUUCGCAGAGAGCCCGUCGACACCGGCGCCCUCGGCCUGCAAAGCCUGCGCCGCGUCCGGGCAGUGCGACCGCGCCUACAACUCCUCGGCUGGCAAGUUUUGCGGCCUCAUCCCGGCGCCGGAGCAGUACUGCUGCUGCAGCACCGAGCACGCCUGCCCGCCAAUCGGGUCGUCGGCAUGUACUUGUGCGCCGGGGCCGGCCCCUGACACGUCGUUCAACAAGACGCGCCAAGUGUUUGUGCUCAUCUUCCUCGGCUUCCUCCUCUUUGGUUGCAUCUUGCUCUGCGAACGUCUCGGCCUUCCGCCAAGCAGCCGCCGCGAAGGCUACGUCAGCAUCGAGUCGGCACAUUACCCCGGCUAAGAAUCUCCUUGUUAACUUACACCGCCGCCCUUUUGCGGCGAACAAUUCGAAGCGUCUUUCACCUUGUCGUUUCCCA